AACAGACAUGUCACAUGAUACUGCCGACUCCCACUCUCUUUCCACGUCAUUUUGCAGACCGCCUCCUCUGAGUCUGUCCAGUCUCGUCUGUGCUCACCACGCCAUUUGUCGACAAUCCAGUCCUCCGUGAUAGUGACCGUUCUGCCCGCCCUCGCCUUUGCUAGCGCAGAACCACGCCGUCAGAACUGCGUCUAAAGGAGCUCAUACCAUGCGACCGGCGCGGCGCACACAAUCAUCGACCACAGCCCAGCGUCGGUCAAGCCCAGCACCUGUGCAAUCAUUACUGUCUUUGGCCUUGUCCGCCCUGCUGGCCGUGACAUUGCUGGGUCAGACGGCUAACGCGCAAGGCGGGUUCUUCCAGCACUUCUUCAACGCGGGACAAGCAAGCGGCGAGGCUCAUGAGCAGGAAGCGCCGCCAAGUGGCGAUUCGAGGUGGUGGAAUGAACGCGUUGAUGCUGCGACGUGCAUUCGGUACCUCUGCCCGCGAACACUAAGCUGCGUCGACAAGCCGGCCAACUGUCCCUGUCCUUUCCCGGAGCAAAUCCGAUGUCCGUACGCGGACGGUGAAUCGAAAAGCAUGGACCUGGGCGGGCACACUUGCGUCUCGGAGAAAGACUGCAACCGUGUGGCCCUCAUGCGCUCGCUGGGGAGCAACUUCAAGUUGAGCGACUUGCCGCAGCGAUGAGGGUAUCCAGUUGACGUUAAGCCCUUGCAACGUGCCGCUACACGAAGGCUUAAAACCUACACUUUGCGGCGCAGUGUAGUCUAGUCGUUGGUCCCAAGCUGAUGCACAACCGUAGUGUACUGAGUAUCCCAGACUAGCUGCACCUUGUGUGCAUGCGGGACUGGCCUUGGGCUGCGCCGUGUUCGAAAUCCAAUUGUUCUAUAAUACGAACAAAUAUGGGCGUCUCCCAUGUUUAGAGCGCUGGCAAGGCCUUUGGAAGACACCGAUUAUUUUCAGUGGACAAGGUAU